AUGUCCUCGAGGCUUCCCAUACAACUGGCGCUGUCGUGCGUCUACUGCGCUCUGCGCAUGUCCUUCAUUUGGCUGACCGACUGGCUGUUCCCCUGGUGCGACCACCCGUCGCACUGCUUCGACUUCAGCGCCGAACUGGCUGCCAGCGUGAACCGCCGCGUGGACCCGUGCGACAACUUCUACGACCACGUGUGCGGAUUCUGGAACGGCAGUCACGGCGGCACCAGAAACCAGUUCGAACUACUCGCGUCGCGGACGAGGCUGCUCUUGUUCGAGGAGCUGGAGAAGAGCCCUAGUAGCUUCUCGUUCACGUCCGGCUCGCGGGUGACUGCGGGCUACCAGCGCUGCCUGGCCGUCAUGGCCGAGAAGCAAGAACACACGGUCGCUCUGCACGAACUGCUCGCCGAGUUCCACCUCGAGUGGCCCUCUCUCGAACCACCGAGCAAGGAGUUCGACUUCCUCAGCUUCCUCGUCGGCCUCGGGCUUCGAUACGACAUCCACCCGCUGGUGAAAUUCACCCUGGUGCCGUACCUGCUCACCGACGAGGGCUACUCAGUGAUGGUGGCCGACGUGGAUCGCCAGUCGUGGCGCAGCGCAACCACCGACUUGCACUCGGACUGCCUGCGCGCUUUCUCCGCCCGGCUGGACCCGAGAGCUGUGGCAGAACGGAUGGCACGUGUGCGUGCCGAUCUGUCCACGCUCGACGUUAUCUCGCGCGCCUACCACCCGUACUCGCCACGCUACUACGAGUUCAGACAGCUACCCGCGCUCACCCGCAACCUCAUUAGCGACAGCGCUUGGCUGGAAGUCUUCAACAACUACCUCAAGCCGGACGUGCAGGUAGGUCCUGACGACCGCCUCCUGGCUUCCAGCCGGAGCCCGUUUUUCUUUCUGUGGAACGUGUUGGCUCACUUCGAGAACACCAUGGUCGACGUGCUGCUUGUCGUGGGCUGGAAGGUUGUCAUGGACGAGGCGUACGCCUUCUCGGCAACACUGUCCGACUGUUCCAAGAGGGAGCACUUCCGGGACUCGCCCGUGGAGAACGCCAAGAUCUGCGUGAACACAAUGCUGCAGCUGGCACCGGCAGCCCUGGGUCACGUGCUCUUGGGCGCGGUUGGGCGCAUGGACAUGGUGAAGCGCUCGGCAUCGCUCACCGAGCACAUACGCAACGCCUCGGACCGCAUGAUGAGCAUCGUGAGCGUAGACGCAGUUCCGGCACACUUGAUGGACAAGGCGGCUGUCGACCAGAACUACGACUUUCUGCCCUCCUUCUCCGAGGACGCCGGCGCCUUCGGGCGGCAGCUGCUCGAGGCGCGUAAGCACCGCUUCGAGAAGCUUCGGCGCCUGAUGUACACCGACCCGGAGAAAAUAAAGCGUCGCAGCGAGCUAUCGCUGCCCAUCCUGGCUGUGAACGCCUUCUACAUGCCCGUCUUCCACGUCAUUUUCGUUACUGGCGCCAUAAUGCAGUCGCCGUUUGCCGUGGGCACGGAUGAACCGGCCAUCAAUUACGGCAGCCUGGGACGUAUCAUCGGGCACGAGCUGUCGCAUGCUUUCCAAGAGAGCACCUCGUCCCUCGACGAGCACGUGCAACCGCUCACGCUGUACAGCCCGUCGUCGCACAAGGAGUUCCUCGGCCGUCUCGCCUGCCUCACCAAACAGGUCAACGACGGUUCAGGCAGCCAGACUUUGGGCAACAACUCCAUCUCGGAGACGUUCGCCGACAACGCCGGCAUCCAGAAGGCUUACCUGGCCUUCAAAGCGCGGCUGCAGUCCGAUCCACUGCUGAACGUCAAGCCGUCCAACCAGCUGGGUUACACGGCGCAGCAGCUGUUCUUCGUCAGCGGCUGCUUCGUGUUCUGCGCCUUCCAGGGCUACGCGUUCGACCACAACGCUGUGUACCCGCCGCCGUUCCUGCGUUGCAAUAUGCCCGCUAUGAACACGCGCGACUUCGGAGCCGCCUUCAGCUGCGCCCAGGGCGCGCCCAUGAACCCUAUCAUUAGAUGCAACUUCCACUAA